AUGGGAAACCCAGAAAACAUUGGAGAUGCGUAUGUUGCUGUGAUUCGUCCAAAAAAUACUGCUAGCCUGAAUUCCCGGGAAUAUCGAGCUAAAUCCUAUGAAAUUUUGUUGCUUGAAGUUCCCAUUGAAGGCCAAAAGAAAAAAAGAAGGAAAGUUUUGCUGGAAACUAAACUGCAAGGAGGCACUGAGAUCACCCAGGGCAUCUUGGAUUAUGUAUUAGAAGCCACCAAACCAAUUUCACCAGCCAAUCAGGGUAUUAAAGGUAAGCGUGUAGUGUUAAUGAAGAAGUUUCCUCUUGAUGGAGAGAAGGCAGGCCAGGAGGCAUCACUUUACAUUGUUCCAACUGUUGUGAAAGAUAAUACCAAAUAUGCAUACAGUCCUGGGUGCCCCGUGUUCUACUGUUUACAAGACAUCAUGAGGGUCUGCAGUGAAUCCAGCACCCACUUUGCUACGCUUACUGCAAGAAUGUUAAUUGCCUUGGAUAAGUGGUUGGAUGAACGGCACACACAGUCUCACUCCAUCCCAGCUUUAUUCAGACCGUCUCCUCUUGAGAGAAUUAAAACAAAUGUAAUUAACCCUGCCUAUGCUAUAGAACCUGGUCAAACAGAGAGCUCAUUGCACAUGGGUUAUACUGCCUUGGAAAUAAAGAGUAAAAUGCUGGCAUUGGAGAAAGCAGAUAUGUGUAUCUAUAAUCCUUUGUUUGGCUCUGACCUUCAGUACACCAAUAGGGUUGACAAAGUGGUAAUAAAUCCAUACUUCGGCCUUGGAGCCCCAGACUAUUCAAAGAUUCAAAUUCCUAAAAGAGAAAAGUGGCAACGUAGCAUGAGCAGUGUCACAGAGGACAAGGAACACCAGUGGGUAGAUGAUUUCCCUCUUCAUCGCAGUGCUUGCGAAGGCGACUCUGAUUUACUAAGCCACCUUCUGGAUAAAAAGUUUUCUGUUAAUCAGCUAGAUAGUGACCACUGGGCACCUAUCCACUAUGCAUGCUGGUAUGGAAAAGUUGAAGCCACUCGAAUGCUGUUGGAGAAAGGGAAAUGCAAUCCAAAUCUUUUGAAUGGCCAACUUAGUUCUCCUCUUCAUUUUGCUGCUGGAGGUGGGCAUGCUGAAAUAGUACAAAUUCUACUAAAUCAUCCAGAAAUUGACAGACACAUCACUGACCAACAAGGAAGAUCUCCACUAAAUGUCUGUGAGGAGAACAAACAAAAUGAGUGGGAAGAAACUGCAAAGCUCCUGAAGGAAGCCAUAAAUAAACCUUAUGAAAAGGCACGCAUUUAUCGUAUGGAUGGGUCGUAUCGCUCCGUGGAGCUGAAACAUGGAAACAAUACCACUGUCCAGCAGAUAAUGGAGGGGAUGCGUUUGUCUCAAGAAACUCAGCAGUACUUCACUAUCUGGAUAUGUUCUGAGAACCUCAGCCUCCAACUGAAGCCAUAUCACAAGCCUUUGCAGCAUAUUCGAGAUUGGCCUGAAAUAUUCACUGAACUGACAAACUUGGAUCCUCAAAGAGAAACUUCACAGCUUUUUCUGAGAAGAGAUGUGAGACUUCCACUGGAAAUAGAAAAAAAGAUUGAGGAUCCAUUGGCUAUUCUUAUCCUUUUUGAUGAAGCCAGGUAUAAUUUACUGAAAGGCUUCUAUACAUCACCUGAUGCCAAACUCAUCACACUGGCAAGUCUCCUUUUACAAAUAGUCUAUGGAAAUUAUGAGAGCAAAAAACAUAAACAGGGAUUUCUAAAUGAAGAAAAUCUUAAAUCUAUAGUACCAAUAACGAAACUAAAAAGUAAAGCUCCUCAUUGGACAAACAGGAUACUUCAUGAAUACAAGAACCUCAGCACCAGUGAAGGUGUAAGUAAAGAGAUGCAUCACCUUCAGCGCAUGUUCUUGCAGAAUUGCUGGGAAAUUCCUACUUACGGAGCAGCUUUUUUCACAGGACAGAUAUUCACCAAAGCAAGUUCAAGUAGCCAUAAAGUCAUCAAAGUGUAUGUAGGAGUAAAUGUAAAAGGGCUGCACCUUCUCAACAUGGAAACAAAGGCUUUACUCCUCAGCCUAAAGUAUGGUUGCUUUAUGUGGCAGUUGGGAGAUGGUGAUACAUGUUUUCAAAUCCACAGUCUGGAAAACAAAAUGAGCUUUAUUGUGCAUACCAAACAGGCGGGUCUUGUCGUAAAACUUCUGAUGAAAUUAAAUGGCCAGUUAAUGCCAAGUGAAAGAAAUGAAUGAUGGAAAUGAACAAUAGCUACAAAACAUCAUCUUGCAGCUAAGCAAGACCCACCUUGUUUCUCAUCAUAACAGAAGACUUCCAUGUACAUUAACUUCACACAAUAGAAAAGUAAAUUUGUACAGUUUUUUAACUUUGUACAGAAGCUAUGCAUGGUUUAUAUUUUUUAAAAAAACUAUACAACAUAUCUGUUAUUUUUAUAAAUAUUUUUGUGUUUCAUAUAUAAACUAUUAUAG